UGGAAGCUUGGAGGGGAAAAGAGAGCAGAAGAGCUACAAAGCGGUUUUGGAAAAUCCCAUGCUGAGGUUUUCGGGGCUGUACCAGGAGACCUGCUCGGACUUAUACGUGACCUGCCAAGUCUUUGCAGAAGGGAAACCCCUUGCACUUCCUGUCCGGACCUCCUACAAAGCCUUCAGCACCAGGUGGAACUGGAAUGAAUGGUUGAAACUGCCGGUCAAGUACCCAGAUUUGCCAAGGAAUGCUCAAGUGGCCUUCACCAUAUGGGAUGUCUAUGGACCUGGCAAAGCAGUACCAGUUGGGGGAACGACAGUCUCACUCUUUGGAAAAUAUGGGUUUGUGGACCCCGCAAGCCAUUUCUCCUGGAGGGAGAGCUAUUACCGCUCCGCCAUGUCUCAGGGCUCCCAGACCAGGGAAUACGUCCAUCCGGAGUUUUUUGAGCAGCUUUGGGAUAUCCUAGAGCAGCCAAUAUGUUCAGUCCAGCCCAUUGACUUGAAUUUUUUGGAGGAGCCGGUGGAGAAUGUCCCUGCGAACAAGAUUGAAAUCAGCAUGGAUUGCAUCCGGAUGCAGGAUUCAGACCUAGGUGACCCAAUGUGG